CGGAGCCCGGACGCGGGGGAAGACGCGCCCAGGACCGUCUGGGCGAGCAGGAGCCGCAGGUUUUCAGGCGGGGGCCCUGUGAUGUACACUAACAAAAGACAUUAUCGAGAGAAAUAAGCACAGUUUAUUAACACAGGCAGCACACAUCACGUGGAGAAGUCACAGUGAGUAACCCUGGGGCUGGCCAGGACUUGGGCUUGUGUGCAUCUCAACAAAAGAACGGUAAAUGUGCACCACGUGUCACGACACAGGAGGGCUUUGAGUCCGUCCGGGCACCAGGUUGUGGGAAGGUGGAAAUGCGGGGAACUAGUGGAAGGCCAGGCUAGUUAGUUAGCAAGGUUGGCUUGUGCAGACGCGCUUGGUGCUAAGCUGCUCCCCUCCUGGUUCAGGGCGGGAAGGGGGAGGUGCCUCACAGGGACUUACAUUCUGCUUUGAAGCAGACAAGGGCAGCGCAGAGGUCAUCCCAUGUCUGCUUUUGCUCAGCUGCCUUCAUCUCACAGUAACCUGUAUGCCAGAGUGGCAUACGUUGGGGCGGCACCCUCUGACCCCUUCAGUGGAAUCGCUGGGUCCCGUGACCCUGCCCAACGGCUGCGGGACUGCGGACUGCUUUCCAGAGCACCUGCCCUGCUUUGCAUUUCCACCUCUGACUUGCUCUCCUCUGAUGGUCGUUUUCUCGUGUGCUUGUGGGCCAACUGCAUCUCUUUGGAGAAACGUUUGUUCAGCUCUUUUGCCCAUUUUUGAAUUGCGUUACAUUUUCAUUAACGAGUUGUAUUCUAGAUAUAGGUCCCUUCUCAGCGGUGUGAUCCGCAGACCUCCUCUCCCUCUGUGGGUUGUCUUCUCACUUCCUCGAUGAUGUCGAUUCAAGCAGAAAAGUCUUCUGUUUAGAUGAAGUCCAGUUUAUUAUGUACUUUUCUCUUUUUUCUUGUGCUUUUGGUGUUUUAUCUAAGAAACCAUGCCUGUGUCUAGGCAAUAAAAGAUCUGUCCCUCUGUUUUCUUCUAAGACUAAUACAAUUGUAGCUCUCCUGCUGAAGGACUUGGAUCCGUUUUGAGUUCACUUGUGUGUGGUGUGAGGUAGGCAUUCGGCUUCAUUCUCUUGCAUGUGGAUUCUUAUUGUCCCAGCACCAUUUUUUGGAAAGACUGUUCAUUCUCCACUGAGUUGUUUUUGUCACUUUUGUUGACACUCAGUUGGUGACAAGACUGUGGGUUUAUUUCUGGGUUCUCAAGUCUGUCCCUUUGAUGUAAGUGUCCAGCUUUACGUCACUGCCACACUGUUUUGAUUACUGUAGCUUUGUAGUAAUUUCAAAAUCAGGAAGUGGUGUAUUUCAGGGUUGCUUUGGCUUAUCCAUGUCCCUUGACUUUUAGUAUGAUUUUUGGAAUCUGUUUGUCAUUUUCUGCAUAGAAGCCAAUGGAGACUCUCCCAGAUGAGGCCACUUCCUGAGGUCGUCUGGAGAGUUGGGCUCUGAGCUGCACCUGCUCCCAGGCGUCAUGCACAGACGUCUGCCAGUGGGUUCCGGACCAGCCGAGCCAACCUUACUUCUGUUCCUCCGCAGGCCUCCUCGCUGGAGAGGCAGAGCCCUGGCGUGGCCUCCUGCCUCACUCACAGCCUGUGCCCUGGGGAGCCCAGCUUGCAGACAACAGCAGGUGUCUGGUUAGGGAGACCAGCGAGCCCCCGGGAGAACACGUCCCCCCGCAGUUCCAGAAUUUGUGUGUAUAGUGGGCCAGCUGUGUUCUUCUGCCAGAGGUCAUUGUGUUGGGAGCUCCUCUUCGGUAGACUGACCCUUCUGACCCCCACUGUGCAGACACGCAUGCACACACACACGCAUGCACAUACGCGUGGUGUCCAUGGGCUCUGCAGACCAUCAGUUCAACCUCGUAGAGAUCCUGUCCCAGAACUACGGCAUCCGAGAGGAGUGUGAGCAGGCCACGGGAGACGCGGAGAAGCCCGAGGGGGAGCUGGAGAAGGACUUCAUCUCCCAGAGCAGCGACAUGCCCCUCGACGAGCUGCUCGCCCUCUACGGCUAUGAGGCCUCAGACCCCAUCUCGGAGCAGGGCAGCGAGAGCAGCGACACCACGGCCAACCUCCCGGACAUGACGCUGGACAAGGAACAAAUAGCAAAGGAUUUGCUCUCAGGGGAAGAAGAGGAAGAGACACAGUCGUCGGCCGAUGACCUUACCCCGUCCGUGACCUCCCACGAGGCCUCCGACCUGUUUCCUAACCGGAGCACAUCCUGCUUCCUGGCCAACGCAGACAAAGAGCCUGGCUCCUCCGCUUCAUCCGACACGGAGGAGGACCCCCUUCCUGCCAACAAGUGUAAGAAGGAAAUCAUGGUGGGGCCUCAGUUCCAAGCCGACCUCAGCGGCCUGCAGUUGGAGCGCCACGGUGAGAAACUCUACGAGAAUGAGGACCAGCUGCUCUGGGACCCCAACGUCCUCCCUGAGAGGGAAGUAGAGGAGUUCCUGUACCGGGCGGUGAAGCGGAGGUGGCACGAGAUGGCUGGGUCGCAGCUUCCGGAGGGAGAGGUGGUGAAAGACAGCGAGCAGGCGCUUUACGAGCUGGUGAAGUGCAACUUCAACGCGGAGGAAGCCCUGCGGAGGCUGCGGUUCAACGUGAAGGUGAUCCGAGAUGGGUUUUGCGCGUGGAGCGAGGAGGAGUGCAGGAACUUUGAGCACGGCUUCCGAGUGCACGGGAAGAACUUCCAUCUGAUCCAGGCCAACAAGGUGCGCACGCGGUCUGUGGGCGAGUGCGUGGAGUACUACUACCUGUGGAAGAAGUCCGAGCGCUACGACUACUUCUCGCAGCAGACGCGGCUGGGCCGGAGGAAAUACGGCCCGUCCGGAGCCACGGACGCAGACCAGGACCUGGACGGCAGCGACCCCGACGGCGCAGGCCGCCCCCGCUCCUCGCCGCCUCUGCCCCCUGCUGCCGACGGCCUGGCCUCUGAGCAGGACCCGCUGGCGCGGAUGCACACAGAGCCGCUGAGCGUAGACAGCGCGGCCGGCAGUGUCGGUGAGCCCGGGGAGAGCUCCGACAGCCUCCCGUCCUCGGAGCCGGGGCCUUGUCCCUUCCAGCAGCUGGACAGCCCUCCAGCCGCGUCCCUGCCCAGGCGGCCCCCAGCCCUGGCCGAGCCCGCCUUCUACCCCCCGGCCACGGCCACCCCGGAGCCCAGCAGCAGCCCGAGACUGGCUGUGGACUUGGCCCUGCCGGGGGCCCUCCCCGAGGAGCUGCCCCUCAUCUCCAGCCACGCGGACAUGAACGGAGAGCCCGAGGAGGCCGUGGCCCCGGCACAGGUGGCCUUGUCGGUCACCGAGUUUGGACUCAUCGGCAUUGGGGACGUGAAUCCCUUCCUGGCCGCCCACCCAGCGUGCCCGGCCCCCGGGCUGCACUCGGAGCCCCUGUCACACUGUAACGUGAUGACCUGUUGAUCCCUGGCCGCGGGCGGGCGUGCGUGGCCCGGACUGGAUGUGGGGCCGCCGCGGGCCCGCCUCUGCCAGUCUUCCCGACCCCCCCCUCUCCGCCUGGGCCUCGGGUCACGCCUCCUCUGCUUCAGAACACGUCACGGACGGGGUGAGCGGUGGCCGGGCCGCUGCCCUGCCCUCCUCACACACAGACUGGCGCCCUCAGUGCCCGCCCCGCCGCCCGCGCGGCCCAGGCUGCUGCUCCACCCGCAGGACCCGUCGGGCAGCCGGAUGCGGAGGGCCCAGCCCCGUCCAGCCAGCAGAGGCGAGGAAGGUGUCCCCGCCCCGCCGGGAGGUGGGCCGAUGGGGCAGGAUGCCGCCCCCACCAGCAGCCUCGGUCCGGGGCGCCCUCAGCACUCCGCCCGGGGGUGGGGGCAGCUGCUACUCGGUGCCAAACCCCGUGGGGCACAGAGCCAUAUACCUCGACGUCGGCCCCGCCCGCCCUCAACCUCCACCCUGCUCUCCACUUCAGGAAACGCCGCACUUUACGCCCCUCUUGCCUCCUCCUGUCUCCGGCCCGGAGCAGCCUCGGGUGUGGGGUCGAGGAGACGGGUGACCUGCACCCCCUUGGGUACCGAGGCGCUCUUGCCUGCAGCACCGAGGGGCCGGCCCCAGUCCGUUCCCCUGACCCCGUGGGUCAUACUUCUGUUGAAGCGCCCCAGCAAGGUGGUUUGGGGGCCCGGUCCUUCUCUUUCCAGCUUCCCUAGUUUUAUUUAUGUUUCUGUUUACAAAUUGGAGUGGGGUCCUCCGCGGGGCCAGGGCAGCGCUCCCCAACCCCCGGGUGUCACCAGGAGAGGGUUUUGGCUCGAGCCCGCCUGCAGCGUCGGCCUCGACCUUCCCUCACCCCACCAAGGACCACACUGUGAAGUGCUAACUGCCUUGAAUCCCUUGCUGUUUUAUUUAUUAAACUUGAUUUGAAGCCCA